AUGGGGAUUUCUCCUUAUCAGAUUGUCUUUGACAAGAUAUGUCAUCUUCCAGUGGAACUUGAGCACAUGGCAUAUUGGGCAGUCAGCAAGAUGAACUAUGAAUGGGACGUUAUUGGGCAAGAGAGAAAACUCCAAUUGCAGGAGUUAGAAGAGAUCAGGCGUGAAGCCUAUGACAAUGCUGCUCUGUACAAAGAGAGAUUGAAGAAGACAUAUGAUCAGCUCAUCAAGGUCAAGACAUUUGAACAUGGGCAGAAAGUUCUACUUUACCAAUCGAGGUUCAAACUCAUAUCCGGGAAGCUAUCAAGCAAAUGGAUUGGGCCUUAUGAAGUGCAAGCCCAAUAUCCAAAUGGAGCAGUGGAGAUCAAGGAUUUCAAAUUCGGAAGUGUUUUCAAGGUGAAUGGUCAACGAUUGAAGGCCUACUAUGGGUAA